AUGCAUGCGUUGGCUCACAAUGUCUAUGAGCACUUGAUGAGCAAUCCACUUCUGCCAAUCUCGCGAGAGGAUGCACAAGCCAGAUUCACAGCAGAGGGUCUGGACGAGACUUAUAACGGUGUGCAGGGGCUAGAUGCAAUGGAAGGAAAAGUGUUCAUACAUGGCCUCAACGUCAGAGACCCUGAUCUUUGGACGAAGGAUGCACUGACAGAAGAACUGAGAUCGAGGGGCCUAAGUACAGACGGGAGAAAAACAGAUCUACAACGUCGGCUAUGGGAAUACGAAUGUGAUGAGCGCUUUGGGGUCUCGAGACAAAGCAACCUGAGUAAUUGGGGUAUCCAUCGCGAGCCAAGGCCAGUAAUGAGCCCUGCUACGAGAACAGAUAUGUCCGCACUUGAAAUGUACACCGCGGCAAUUAAACUGAGCCCGUACAAUCCAACUUACUGGAACAGUCGUGCGUAUUGCCAUUAUCUGUUGGGCCAUUUUGACCUCGCCAUCGGAGACGCCUAUCGCGGAGAACUUCUCUGCGAAGUGUUGACGACAGCAACGCAAAGGAACAAGCGUCCCGGGAUGUAUACCCGGGUUUGGGAUGCCAUUCAGCAGCACCUGAUGAUGGAAUUGAAGGUCAAAGGCGUCCCAAUGACAAGGGAGGUUCUGCAGAUGAGGAAGGCAAAUGGUGUCAACUAUUUCAUUCCAACUCUGAGGAACGCCCUCCACAGCAUCACCAGUCUCAGCCUUGCAGCACUGAAUUGUUGGGAUGAUUUCGAAGACCACAUGCAGAGUCAACUCCAAAGACCCCUGCCAUACCGCGAUGUCCGAGGAUGGAUUUCAGGCGCCAAUAAAUAUCCAUACGACCAGGCGGAUGUGAGACGCGAAUCACCAUACUUCAUCAAUGCACUGAAUGCAAAUAUUUUCACGGCUAAUGCCAGUGCCGGGAAGUCUCCCCAACGGACCUGCCGUGUGCAGCCAACAUUCACAAAGGACAAUUCCUUCAACGGUUUGGGGGUCUUUGCCAUGAGAAAUAUAAAAACAGGAACCCCAAUUCACUACGAGGAGCCUGUUAUUCGCGGAAACCUCAUCCCCAACAGGCUGCUCGAUGAUGAAAGUGAAUGUCCUCUCCAUGCGGCGCGAUGCGACAACUGUCAAACCGUGAUUGACCCAGAAGAGGUUCAGCAUAUCGAAGACAACUGGGACGCCAUUCAUAGUCCGACGCCUCUUCCCGGAUGGGGACACCCGACUAAUUGCGCAUGUCUUGACAUGAUGUGUAAGUGCGCGGAUGUAGGAUAUUUCAGAGCCACGAGGGGCGGUCUGCUAUUCUGUUCUUCCAACGACGCACUAUCAGACGGCGUGGCUCCCCAUUGCUUGGCGAUUGCGCGCGGAACAUAUCAUUUUGAAGAAUUCUGUGGCCUCGAUUGGGGCUGGUUGCACGAUGCCAUGCGACCUAACAAAGUGACUUGGGGCGGAUCGCAGUAUUUCACCCACACCAAUGAACGCCACGGGACUGUGUUGAGUCUACUCUUGAAGAGCGUGCUCGAACUCACGCUCCACCGCCGCCAAGAGGACCCUAAUCUUCUUGCACAUGAAAUCAACGAACUUCUCGUCCUCGAGGCAGGGACCGACACGAACGAGCCAUGGAAAGACAGUUGGUUCCCGUUCACUCUGGCCGGUAAUAUCCAGAUACCUUUUGAUAUACUUUUCAACCUUGGAGUGGACAUCUUCAGUGACCUUUCAUUCGACACUUGGGUUAUUCAGAAUGUGCUGCGGAAGUUGCUGGUCAACGCUGUUCCCUGGGAACAUGAACGGCGAGGUGCGAAUCCAACGUUCAAUGACCGGGAUGGUCCCAAGCCGGUGCUACACCCAACACUACAAAGUAGAAUGCGAGUCAGAAACGAAGAUCUCUCGGCAAUGGAGCCGUCAUUUGGGAACUUCUACCUCUUCCCUGGAUUAAGCAUGUUUAAUCAUUCCUGUCGUCCUUUUGAAAACGCACUGUGGGGAUACGAUGACAAGGUCCCCAACCGCGUAGUGGUCUGGGCGAACAAGGAUAUCAAAGCCGGGGAGGAGAUCAGAAUUCCGUAUCAACGCUAUAGGAUCGCUGAUCCCGUCGGCAAAGACAUUGACCUCAACAUGCACGCCGUGCAGCUGUUUGGAAAGAACUGCCAGUGUCCUCGAUGCCAAGGCAGAGCGCUUGUUCCUCCUGUCGAUAAUAGGGAAGGAAAUUCCGUUUCCGGUAACGAUGCCGCUCAGGAUGAUGGGACUGUUGACUGGACCCCGGGUCCUGUGACGAUCCCGCCAAAGCAGGAAAUAUGGGGUGGUGUUCUCGGAGACGAGGAUUCUGAGCUCGAUGACUAUUUGAGAGAGUAUCGGGAUAUUGUGGAUGAUAUAUAUGAUGAAUUCUACGAUCUCGAUGGCCCAGAAACCUACGAGGAUGAAGAGGAGCAUAAUGACGGGGCUGAGGAUGGGAACAGGGACGGGAUAACCUCGGAUACACAGGUGGCCAGUGGAAGUCUCGGAAUUCUGAGAUUUGAAUAG